AUGGCGAUGCAGCAGCAACAAAACGUCGACAGAGCAAUCCCUGGUGGCCAGCAGAACAUCGUGCGGCUGGUGGAGGCGGAGACCGGGAGGCACACGAUGACGUGUAACGCGGGCAUGGCGGAGCCUAACGGACAGAGCCGGAGCCGAAGCGGACAUGGGUCAUGCGCCUGCACAGUCCCGCCGACGAGAGUCGCCCUGAAAACACCAGAGACUGCCUGGAAGAAGCUGAACUGGAGCAACAACAACGCUCAUCACCUGGGUGCCGUGUCUGCCAGUGGAGAACCUGUAGAGGAACCCAUGGAACUGUUCAUCAGGGUGAGCGACCAGAAUGACAACCCGCCCCAGUUCACCCAGCCCGUCUUCUACGGACUCUUCUCCCACGCAGUGUCUGCCAGUGGAGAACCCGUAGAGGACCCCAUGGAAGUGAUCAUCAAAGUCAGCGACCAGAAUGACAACCGGCCCCAGUUCACCCAGCCCGUCUUCUACGGAGCAGUGCAAGAAGGAGCCACGCCAGGGACCACCGUGGUGCAGGUUACAGCCACUGACGCAGACUACGCUGUGGAUACCUACAACAGGGUGGUCUCCUAUUCCAUCCUCAGCCAAGCCCCUCCCGAGCCCCACCCCCAGAUGUUCACCAUCAGCAGCGAGACGGGCAUGAUCAGCGUGUUUGUAUCUGGGCUGGACAGAGAGAAAGUCCCUGAGUACACGCUGACCCUUCAAGCUGCGGACAUGCAGGGACAAGGCUUAACCACUACAGCGACAGCCGUGAUCAUUGUCAGUGACUCGAAUUACGACCCUCCGAUUUUUGACCCAACCAUGUAUAAUGCAGUCGUGCCAGAGAAUCUGGCAGGGUUCCUGGUUGCCAAACUGAAGGUGAAAGAUGCAGAUGAAGAAAACACUGAUGCCUGGAAAGCAAGAUACCAGAUCAUCUCAGGGAACGAGGGAGGGGAUUUCGAUAUCACUACCGACCCUCAAACCAACGAGGGCCUCUUGAGAACAGCUCAGGGCCUGGACUACGAGCACACAAAGCAGUUUGUCCUCAGAGUCUCUGUGACGAAUGUCGCCGACUUCUCAAUGAUCCUGCCGACGUCCACAGCCACCGUGACUGUCCGUGUGAAAGAUGUGAACGAGGCCCCCGUCUUUGUGCCCCCUGUAAUGCGUGUGACGCACUCUGAAGAUCUCCCCGUGGGGGAGGUGGUGACCACCUACACGGCUCGGGAUCCAGAUAAGGAGAUGAAGCAGACUCUCCGUGGUCCACAUUUCUCCUCCAGGUACUCCAUUGGGAAAGACGUGGCCAAGUGGCUGACCAUUAACCAGGACACUGGCGUCAUACGGACACAAGCUGCUCUGGACAGGGAGUCGCCGUAUGUGAAGAACGACACGUAUGAGGCCCUCAUCUACGCAACUGACAGCGGGGCACCAGCGGCCACUGGCACAGGAACCUUGUUUUUGUACCUCAUCAAUGUGAAUGACAACCCUCCGAUUCCCCACCCAGCCACGACUCCCGGCCAAGAUGGGACUCCCCACCCUGCGCUGACGGUCCACGCGCUGAACGUCCUCACCGGCCUCCCCGCGAGCGGCCUGGCCAUGCGCUGCUUCUUCCAGCGCCAGGAUCCUCACCAGCCGUGGACCCCCAUCACUCAGAGCACUACGGACCGCAGCGGGCGCUGGGGCCAGACUGCCGCGAUGCCCAGGAGGUUGGAGCCGGGCACCUACAAGCUGCGCUUUGAAACCGGGGCUUACUGGCGGGAGCAGGGCCACCGCAGCUUCUACCCCUAUGUGGAAAUCGUCUUCACCGUCACCGAAGCGGAACAGAAGGUCCACAUCCCUCUGCUGCUCAGCCCCUACUCCUACACCACUUACCGGGGGAACUAGCCGAAGGGAGGCCGGGGGAGAGGCAGGCACAAGGAUAAUAAAAGGCUUCCCCCUCAAAGAGUGGCUGC